AUGCUCUCCCUUCUCCUCCUGCUUGCGCCCCUUGUGGCAGCCCACGGCCACGUUGACAAGGUCAUCGCCGACGGCAAGGAAUACCAGGGAUGGAACGCAGCCCUCAAAUAUCAGAACCCCAUCCCUGCCACCGUUGGCUGGCAAGCCGACAACCUCGACAACGGCUUCGUCUCCCCUGACAGCUUUGGCACUGCGGCCAUCGUAUGCCACAAGCAAGGCAAGAGCAACGGCGCCUACGUUUCCGUCAAGCCUGGCAGCAAAGUUACCUUCAAGUGGGACACCUGGCCAGCCAGCCACGUCGGCCCAAUCCAAGAAUACAUUGCGCCCUGCAACGGUGACUGCGGCUCUGUCAGCCCCACGAGCCUCCAGUGGACAAAGAUCCAGUCCAGCGCCUGGAAGUCAGGCAGCAACCCCGGCACCUGGGCCACCGACGACCUCAUCAAGAACAACUUCUCCUGGGAUCUUACCAUACCCAACCUCGCUCCUGGUAACUACGUCGUCCGCCACGAGAUCAUCGCCCUGCACGCUGCUGGACAAGCCAACGGCGCGCAGUCAUACCCUCAGUGCAUUAACCUUAAGGUCGAGGGCUCUGGAACUACCAAGCUAAGCGGUGGUGUUCCGGCUACUAGCUUCUACAAGGCUACCGACGCUGGUAUUCAGUUCAACGUCUUCAGGUCUUUCACUAGCUACCCUACUCCUGGGCCCGCACUUAACAAGCUGUCCAAGCGCCAUGCUAAGGAUCUUGAGUACUAG